AUGUGGUGGCUCCUCAUGCUGCUCUGCUCCCAGGGAAUUGCCUUUUCAGGCGGACUCACAACAGCCUCCACCCUGAAUUCAGACAAAAGCCAGUACAGGAAGACUCGGAACCCUGAAUGCUUUAUGAACGUUGGUGAAAUUAUCAGAUAUCAUGGAUACCCCAGCGAGGAAUAUGAAGUUACCACAGAGGAUGGAUAUAUUCUUGGUGUNUUCAGAAUUCCGGCUGGGAGGAACAGCCAAAAUACAGGGAAAAAGCCUGUAGUCUUCCUACAGCAUGCUUUUCUAGGAGAUGCUACCCACUGGAUUUCUAACCUGCCCAACAACAGCUUGGGCUUCCUCCUCGCAGAUGCUGGCUAUGAUGUCUGGAUGGGAAACAGCCGAGGGAACACUUGGUCUUUAAAACACAAGACCCUUAAUCCCAGCCAGAAAGCAUUCUGGCAGUUCAGCUUUGAUGAAAUGGGUAAAUACGAUAUUCCAGCAGAGCUGUACUUCAUCAUGAAUAAAACUGGACAGAAGGAUGUAUACUAUGUUGGUCACUCUGAAGGCACAACAUCAGGCUUCAUAGCAUUUUCUACACACCCUGAGCUGGCUAAACGGGUGAAAAUGUUCUGUGCUCUGGGCCCGGUAACCACAUGCUCACAUGCUACAAGCCCUCUGAUUAAGAUCACAAAUCUUCCUGAAUCACUGCUCAGGUUAGUACUUGGCUGCAAAGGAGCCAUGCACCAAAUCGGAUUUCUGAAAGGACCUGUGACACGGUUCUGUACAAGCCUGGAUAAGUUUUGUGGCCACGUACUCUGUUACAUAGCUGGAGGCAGCAUAAAAAAUCUGAACACGAGUCGAAUAGAUACAUACGUAGGACAUUCCCCUGCUGGAACAUCAGUACAGAACAUUAUUCAUUGGCAUCAGGUAUAA